CAUAUAUGUGUAUAUGUAUUGAUAGUUGGGUGUGUAGUAUUUAGUGUGUGACGUUUUAAUUAAUUUCAAAUGUUUAGAUUAUUGAGUAAGCCGGGGCUCAGAUAAAUGUAGGGCUGUAGAAGAUCUGAGAGCAUUAACGCACCGGAAGAAGUUUUCGACAGGAAGCCAGGCCAAACUAUAUGAUUCAUAUAACGCAAACAUCCGUUGAGCAUGGUACAACACAAUGAAAUAUUUUACCAUUGGAACAGUUAUUAUUUUACUUCAACUGUCAGGAAUAUGUAAAACUCAAGGUAACCAAUGUAAUUCAAAAGAAACUUGUGGAAAAUGUAUAGCUUCUGACUCUGCUUGUGCAUGGUGCAGACAGGAGAAUUUUGAGAGUAAUUAUAGAUGUGAUCUUGAAGUGAAUUUGAAAGGAAAAUGUAAUGAGUCCAAGAUAGUGAAGCCUGAAAAUGAAAUUAAGAAAAUAAAGGAUGAACAACUUAGUAAUAAAGGUGCUUUGGAAGGAGAAGCUGUCCAGAUUAAUCCUCAGAGAGUCCACUUAAAACUACGACCAAAUAUGCCAUUCAAGUUGGAGAUUAAGUGUCGCCAAGCUGUGGACUAUCCAGUUGAUCUUUAUUAUGUGAUGGACUUGUCAAAAUCCAUGGAAGAUGACAAAGAUAAGCUUGCCAGUUUGGGAGGAUUGCUUGCAGAAGAAAUGGGCAAGAUCACAAAGAACUUUCGUCUGGGUUUUGGAUCUUUUGUUGAUAAGAUUGCUCUACCCUUUGUGAGCACUUAUCCAUCAAAGUUGAAAAAGCCAUGUUAUGGUUGUGCUGCUCCAUAUGGCUUCAGAAAUCAGCUGCCUUUAGAUCAAGAUACUAAUCUUUUUGCUGCUGAAGUUAAAAAGGCAAAUGUUUCAGGAAACUUAGAUGCCCCUGAAGGGGGAUUUGAUGCUAUUAUGCAAGCUGUAGUUUGUCAGGAACAAAUAGGGUGGAGAAACAAAUCUCGAAAGUUGUUAGUUUUUUCAACUGACAGUGGCUUUCAUUAUGCUGGAGAUGGAAAGUUGGCUGGAAUAAUUAAACCUAAUGAUGAAAAAUGUCAUCUGGAUGAUAAAGGAUAUUAUACAGAAACCACUACUCUGGAUUAUCCAUCAUUUAGUCAGAUCAAUCGAAAGAUAAAAGAGCAUAAAGUCAAUAUAAUCUUUGCUGUAACAGAAAGUCAGUAUGAAAUCUAUAACAAACUUAGUAAGAAAUUUGAAGGUUCUGGAGUUGGAAAACUUGAUAAGGAUUCUGCUAAUGUUGUGGAUCUUGUUCGAGAUCAGUAUAAUAAAAUAACAGAAACCAUGGAAUUAAAAGACAAUGCACCUGAAAAUGUGAAAAUUACUUAUUAUUCAUCUUGUCUAGGUCCAGAGGGGCAGUUAAGAAAGACCAGUGAGUGCAAAGGAAUUAAAUUAGGUGAUAUGAUUACUUUUCAUGCUGAUAUUGAAGUAGUGUCUUGCCCUAAAAACCAUAAUGAUUGGAAUAGAACGAUUCAAAUUUACCCAGUUGGUUUGAAUGAAGCUCUGAUUAUUGACCUUGAGAUAAUAUGUGAAUGUGAAUGUCAGAAACCUGGAAAGAAGGAACUAAACAGCCCCAAGUGUACUAAUGGGAAUGGUACAUAUGAAUGUGGCAUUUGUAAUUGUUACAAUGGCCGAACAGGAAGAGAGUGUGAAUGUGACUCUCAAAAUAUAGAUGAAACUCUGCAUGAGAAACAGUGUUACCUUGACAACAGCACUGAACCAUGCUCUGGUAAAGGGAAAUGCCAAUGUGGAACUUGUAUUUGUGAUACGAGGCUGAACCCAGCUGAGAAGAUCAGAGGGAAAUACUGUGAAUGUGAUAAUUUCUCCUGUGACAGAGUUGAAGGAAACAUUUGUAGUGGACCUGAUCAUGGUACGUGUGAGUGUGGGAAGUGUAUUUGUCUACCUGGGUGGAAAGGAAGUGCAUGUGAGUGCCGAGAUACUGAGAAGACUUGCUACCCACCUGAUUCUUCAGGACUCUGCAGUGGUCGAGGUAGCUGUGUAUGUGGAAAAUGUGAAUGCUGGACAAUUGACAAGAAAAAAUAUAGUGGCGAUUAUUGUGAGGAAUGCAUCAACUGCCCAGUCAGUUGUGAUUCUCUGGUAAAGUGUGUUCAGUGUAAGAUGUUUCAGUCUGGCCCUUUAUCCCAGGAAGAGUGUGUCCGUUGUAACUUUACACUGGAGAAAGUUGAUGAAGCUGAAGUCAUAAACAAGAACCAGAAGAUUUGUGUUUUCACUGACGAUGAUGAGUGCAAAUUUAAAUUUGUUUAUGAGGCCAAUCAAGAUGCUGUAAAAGUCUGGGCACAAACUGGAAAAGACUGCCCAGAACCAGUCAAUGUAGCAGCAAUAGUGGGAGGUGUUAUUGGAGGAAUUGUCUUGAUAGGCUUGCUGUUGCUUUUAAUCUGGAAGAUUCUAACCUCAAUUCAUGAUCGUAGAGAGUAUGCAAAGUUCGAGAAAGAAAGAGCCAUGGCUAAAUGGCAUGCUGGUGAUAAUCCACUAUACAAAGAAGCUACAACAACUUUCAAAAAUCCCAUGUACAAUGUCUCAAAACAGGGGACUGAAGAGCCUCCUAGCAGUGAUUAACAAUUUUAUUGGUGCAUUUAUUUGUAAAUGAGUCCACCCUUUGUCUUCCUUUAUGAUACUGUAUUGGAAGCUCAACUCUGGUAAUACAUCAUCUAAUAUCAUACUCUAAAGUAUAGAAAGAGUAUUGAAUUUGGAACUUGCUUUUAACUUAAAAAGUAGGUGGGAUGAUUGUCAUGACUUUUAUUCCAUUUUUUAUUCAAAAAAAUUUUGUUAGAAAGAUUUUAUAGGUGUAAUAUUUGUAUUUUAUUGGUUAUAAUAAUAUUUUUUGUUAGCAUUUGUAUGUUGAAAUUAUUUGGUGUUUUUAAUUUAAUUUUUGCGUAGUUUUUGUUAAAUUGAGCUUGUACUUCGCUACACCAUAAAUACAUUUGUUUUUUAAUGUGCCAUUGAAUAAAUGACUUUGACCUUAAAUGUAACAUUACAUGGUAACAUUUUGUAUGGUUAGCAAUUAGUAAAAAUUAUAAUAAUGUCAGUUUUUAAUGUUUAAAGUAAAAAAUUUACACUAUUCUAUUUAAAUUUGUUUAAAAUGAUUGUGAAAUUUACGUUAUAAAAACUUACUUCAUUCCAGAGGAAACAAGUAGUGUUAGGUGAAAUUGUGUAAGUAGUUUAUAGGCUGUUAUAUUUUCUGAGGUGUGUAGACAAAAUUAAAUAUUUUGAUAAAUCAUUUGUUAUUUUUAUAACCCAGUAAUGUUAAUCACAAGACUUGGUUGUUUUAAAGUUAACAUAACUUUGAAUUUCUUAAGUGCAUUACCUUCAGUGUUUUAAAAAUGCAUAUUUUUGUGUAUUUUCUUUUGUGUUUACAGGAUUUGAUUUCUCGUGCUAAUACAAUUUACUUACUAAUUCUGUGCUUUGAAAAAGCCUAGAACUGAAGUGCAUAUACUGUACAUUGCAAAUUUAAUAUGACUAGAAAAAUAAAUGUGCUUAGGCUUACUGCAUUGCAAUAUACAGUAAAAAACUGAAAUUGUAAACUCAUAUGCAAUAAAGAUUACAUGUAUUAAAAUAUGUUAUUUAGUAGCUGAAUUAUGGGAAGGGUUUGAACAUAAACUUUUAGGUAGUGAUGUUUGCUUCAUACUUUAUGCUGCAAGUUGUUUGGUUUUGUGGUUUGAUAAACAUUUCCAAAAAGUAAACUUAAUUUAAUGAGUAAUCAGAUAAUUAUUAUUAAUUUUAUUUGAAACAAGUUUGGUAAUCUGUUUUUCAGGAGGAGGAUUAGUUUGAAUUGGUAAAUAUGUAUAGAUUGAAGAAUAAAUAUUGCAUAAAACUGUAGUAUAAUUUAUAGUUAGACAAAUACAUAAAAAAUAAGACUGUAUAAGUAUUCAUAUUACUGUUGAAAAUUGCUUUAAGAUAUAGAGAUUGUUUAAAUAUUCAUAUUACUAUUAACAAUUGCCUUAAGACACAGAUUGAAAACAAAUGUUCACAUCAGUCUCUUUCUUGAUCCUCCUCUAACUUAUCAAGUGUUUGACCACACUCAUGAUAAUAUGACUAAUUCUGAUGUCAUUCUGUAAUGGUAACAUCUUAAAUUAUCGUUUUAGUUGUCUAACUUUUCAGUGUGUUUAUUUUAAUUGUAAGGAAUAUAAUCAAGAUUUCACAAAUUUAUCAACAGGUUUCUUUGUGUAAAUAGAUUUUAACUGGUGCCUUAAAAUUUAUGCCUUUAGUGUAUGUUUUAUAAUGGGCAAGAGAUUUGGUAUUAUAAUAAAAAUAAUAUGACUGAAAUGUCAUUAAGCUGUUAAUAUUUUCCUCAAAACUACACAUCCACAACCACGUGCCUUAAAAAUUUGUUUUCUGGUUUUAAUAAGACAUAUUUUUACAAUUUGUCUUCAUAGUGAUGAAAGGUUUGUAGUAAGAAUUACUUGUUUUUACAGUUGUUAGGUAUAAGAUAUUUAACUUUACGGCAUAAUAGUUUUUAUUACCUGUUCAUCUUCUUUCUGUAUUAUCCUCAAAACAGUGGUUAUCUUUCAUUAUUUUUUUAAAGCACAUUCCUUUGUUCCAUUAGUGUAGGCUAGUUCAUACAACUGUUCCGUAUCAACCAACACUUUGUACAUUUUAAGAGAACAUAGUUACUAAUUAUUCUUCCACACAUCUUCUUUAUAGUAGGGGUUCCCAAACUAGUAAAUACAUAAUAAUGUUAAGGUACUCAGUAUCACUAUAGAUUCAUUGGGUGUGAUGGUAGUGGGGAGAAUCAGGAUGUAGAAUGUUCUAAGGUGCCUUGUGCUGAUAAAAUUUGGAAACUCCUGCUUUAUAGUAUCAUUUACCACUAUGUCUCUUUUUUUUUUUCUUCUUCUCCUAAAUGAACUUGUGGAAUUUUCAGCACCAGAUAUGCAAGAAUGCUUGAUUUUAGCAUGUUCAGUUAGUGAUUUAACUCUAAUCUGUUCCAACAGGUGGACAAACUCUGACUGUUUUUCAGGUGUGAAUUUUUCUCAACUUUCUAAUGCCCCUUUUUUUCAUACUGGUGUAAUAUAUUUUUAGGGAGUUUUCAUGACUAUGGUGUAAAAUUCAACAAAUAUUUUUUGGUACUUACUGAACUCCUCAAAUAUUUUUCAUAUCAUUGUUUAAUACUGUAAUAUACGAAACUAAAAUGUUUAUAGAAUUGUGAAGAAACUUGUAUUUUUGUUGCCAUUUUGUGCUUUACUACACAUGUAAUUCUUCAAUCUGAAAUUUACUGUCCUCUGAGCAUUAGACUUGAUUUCUUUAGGUCUGAAAGUUGCAACAUGGGAAAAGAGUGAACAUUUUCGAGUUUGAUACUUUUAGUCAUAAACUACAAGUUUCUGAUGGAAAAUGUUUGGAAGUAAAUUUUUCUUAUGGGUUUUAUGAUGAAUGUGAAUAGCAAAAGUCCAAAAGAACUUCAGGUCUAAGGAAUAAGAUCAAAGAUGUACAGCAUUAGCAUUUCCAUUAAGAUAUUUUAUAAAUCCUGCUCUUUCUAUUUAGCUUAAUACUCACUGCACAAGAUAGUCACUUGGUGAAACUUUGCCAUGAUAAUUGAUAAGAAGGCAGGAUUAAAACAAAUAUGAGGUUACUGUUCUCUGAAGUCUAUAAACAAGUUGAGUUAGUAUGCUCUUUUGUUUCAAAUUUUAAACACAAUCCUGCCUUACAUUUUGAACUAAAAGUUACGAUAUCUUGCCCUACCCGUUUUGCAAUGUUCUCGAGGUUUCUUAUUUAAAAAUUUGCAUUUUCAUUGUCUGGAGACUGUAGUUUUUCUUUAAAUAUGUCAUGCCUUGCUGAUUAUGAUAAGAAAUUUGCAAAAAAUUGUGAUAUUGAAGAUGGAUUUUUUCUGUUAAAACAAUAGUGAAUCAGUGAAAUAAUAAAUGUUCAAUGAUCAAUCAUGAAUAUAUAGUUUUUAUCUAUUAGCCAUUGAAUUAAUUUCACUAAAUUAUUAUUUUAAUUCCACUUUGUAAGUACUUUUACAUUUGUAACUACAUGAGGCAGGACUUGUGCUAUCAAACCAAUACUUGUUUCUCUGUCUGGCAACUGAUAAGUCACCAACAUAUAGACCAGCUGAUCACUGCCAAAAUAAACAGUGUAUACUGAUAACUGCAGAGUAUUUUAACAAUAAAGGGUACUUACUGCAAUUCAGUUUACUUUUUAUUGUAUAUAAAAAAUGAACUAAGUUUAACAUAAACAUCUGUUUUGAAUGUAAUUACAUUACUCCUACAUUAUAGCUAGUACACGAAUAUCAUAACUGAAAAAAUCUUCAUGCUGUACGUGCGUCUAAAAACAAACUUGUCAUAGGUUUGGAAAGUGAUAAAUGUAAUUGUCAUGGCUAAAAUGAAAAUAGAUAAUAAACUGCCCAAAAUUAACUUUAAUUCUUUAGUUUGUGGCACAUGCCAUACCAAAUAAUGUAUGAUGUGAUUUUUAGGUCUUAAUUUGAAUCAUUUAGUAUACACACACUUAACACUUCUGUAUUCACUCUUCAUGAUACAUCUUUUUCUUUGACUCUAUCUGAAAAAAAGUGGAGCCAAAAACAAUAUUUAGGUCUUUACCCAUAGAGUUGAAAGAUGAUCACUGUUGCAAUGUUAUACUGAGAGAAGGAACAUGUAUUAAAGCAAAUAUGAUAAGAUAAUUCAAAAGUGUAUGUGAUUAUAAAUAUAGGGUGCCAAAAUUAUUGAAUAUUUAAUACAAUAGAAUGCAAUCAAAUUAUGCAACUGUGUUAUGCUUGUUUAAACCAAGAUGUGCAUUCUAGAGUAGAUUUUUCUUUCCAGUAAUAGAUUGGUUAUUAAAAAUACUUUACCAUAAAUAAGAAAAACAUAUACUAUUAUCAUGCCAUUUUGUAUGGUCAAGAUUAUGAUAAGUAAAUAAAUAAAAACUUGCUGUGUG